UCCCAAAUUCGUUAUCAAAAUAAUAAAACAUAAGUCAGAGUUCUCGAAAAUCCCAAAUUCGUUAUGACUCCUACUCUUCUGCCAGAGUUCUUCAAGAAACUCCAAACAUAAACCCUAAAAUCCCAAAUUCGUUUUCCAUAGAAAAAAAUCAAUCGACUCAGUUUUUUCGUUGCCCUCUCUCUCCCUGAUUCUCUCCCGAAUUCCUUCCUAGAUUAUCCUAAUUGAUUGAAUUUCUCAACUUCGUCUAUGCUCAGUUCGUAACCUCGGGAAUUUGUUCGAAAAAAGCCCGAUUUAUGCUGAGAUUUGUUUGAGAGAAGAUCAAUUUCCGCAGAUAUUUGUUCGAGAGAAGGCCGAUUUCUGCUUACUGGAGUUGAUUUGAUGGCUUCUAGCUCAAGAAAUUUGCCCGAAGGAGAAAGAACAAUCAAUCUAGACACUCAAUCAUCAUUAUCGCAACUAGACUCUACCACUCAACAACAUAAGAAAAAAAGACAAGGUCCUUUUCGAGGUCCAAGUAGAGCACUUAAAUAUAAAAAACUUAGAAGUACCGAACCAGGAAAGGUUAAGGUUCAUAUUCCGUCCUCAUUGGGAGCUGCUGUGGGUAAGAAUGCAAACCAAUUUGUGGGUGAAUGUGCUGAUUGGGUGAAGGAAAUAUGCCCUCUUAAUGUUCAAAGCUGGAAUGAUAUGCCUGAAGACGCAAUAGAUCGGUUGUAUAGUAGGAUUCAUGAAUGA